AUGACCCAUCCCUCAAGAUCAGAGGCUCUCAACCCACGUCCUAUCUGGACCCCCACUGUCCCGCAAUGUCAAAUUCCAAUGAAUAUAUACCGUGCGCAUAUCAAUCAAAAGUUCAACGAGAAUCUGCACUCAUCCCAGGAACUUCACCAAUGGUCGGUCCAAAACCUGCAGGAAUUCUGGAUAGAUCUCCAUGCGUAUACUGGGGUCAUUCCGCCUCUGUCAGCAGCCAUGACCACGGCAUUUGACCCCACAGUUUCAAUGGAGAACGUACCGGAGUUCUUCCGCGGUGCCACUGUGAAUUACGCGGAGAAUGUUCUGAGCGGCAGAGAUCCAAACCAGACUGCGUUGAUUGGAAUUCGCGAGGGUCAGGGCCUAGACGGGGAAGUCUGGACAUGGGGUUUGCUCUGUGAAAACGUCCGAAAGGCGAGGAGUGCUCUGUUGCAAACAGGAAUACGAGAGGGAGAUCGAGUAGCAGCCAUUAUCUCCACCAGCGUCUGGUCGGUAGGCUUAUUUCUGGCUACUGCAAGCAUUGGUGCUAUUUGGACAAGCAUCGCACCUGACUUGGGCGAGGAGGGCUGUGUAUUACGAUUGUGUCAGGUCACUCCCAAAGUGCUUUUUGCGGAUGCUGAGUCGACAUAUAAAGGGAAACUGCGGUCCAAUGUACGAAAAAUUCGCAAUGUUGUCCAGGCUAUGAAAGCCAAGCCUCAGGUUUUCCUGGUUCCCAUCACGGGCGCGAAUGAAGGCGAAUUUCCAAGCCUUGGGGAGUUUUUAUCAAGAGCCCAACUAGGGGACGCUCUCCAAUUCAAAAGACUGCCCUUUGCUCAUCCGCUUUACAUUCUCUAUACAAGUGGGACGACUGGUCAACCCAAAUGUCUUGUCCAUAGCCACAGUGUGAUCUUACAGCAUAAGAAAACAUCUCUACUCCACAACUCACUUACUCCCGAUGAUGUUGUUUUCCAGUACAGCAGUACCUCAUGGGUACUAUGGAAUAUCAUGAUUGGCCACAUGUCAGUAGGUGCUACUCUCAUUCUAUACGAUGGAUCACCGUUAUGGCCAACAUCAAAGGGCAUGGCAAAGAUUGCAGAACACCACCGCGUGACAUACUGGGGCUGUUCACCUCGUUACCUUCAGGAGCUUGAAAUGAGCCGAUGCGUAGCGAAGGACGAGUUUGACUUUGCCUCAUUGAGAAUGGUACAGACGGGAGGCUCACAUUUAGGUGCGGACCAAUACCACUGGUUCUAUCGCACGUUCCCUCCACACAUUCAUCUCACAAGCGUGACUGGCGGGACAGACUUGGUGACCUCUUGGAUCGGCACUGAUCCGGCUGGUCCUCUCUACCCCGGUGAAAUUCAACUUCCCAUGUUGGGGCAGGAUGUGGAUGUCGCAGAUCCCAUUACGGGCGAGUCAAUCAAGCAUACCGGUCGACAUGGCGAGUUCGUCUGUCGCCAGCCUUUCCCGUCUAUGCCUGUGUUUUUCUGGGGGGAUGAAAAUGGAUCAAAAUACAAGAGUACGUAUUUUAACAAGUUUCCAAACUGUUGGGCUCAACAUGAUUGGGCAAGUUACAACCCUCAGACAAAAGGCUGGCAGAUACAUGGUAGAAGUGACGGCGUUUUGAACCCCCAAGGAAUCCGAUUUGGAUCUUCCGACAUCUAUUCCAUCACAGAGUCCGCUCCAUUCAACAAUCUGGUCUCCGCCACCGUGUGUGUCGGUAGGCGCCGGCCACAUGAUUCUGAUGAGGCUGUGUUUCUGUUUGUGGUGAUGCAGCCCAAUCAAUCGUUCACAGCUAAACUUGCGCUUGAAAUGAAUAACGCUAUUCGCAAAGGGUUGAGCAGCAAACAUGUUCCUCGAUUCGUGAUCGGUGUCAAGGAAGUUCCUAUGACAGUCAAUGGUAAAAAAGUCGAGACUUUAGUGAAGCAAAUCAUUUCUUCUGGGAAGCUACCUAAGACUAUCAGUAGCACUGUCGCAAAUCCCGAAUGUCUACAAGACUUCAGACAGUACUAUGAUAUUGAAAUUUCCAAUGAGAACAGAGGAAGACUAUAG